CACACUCAGACAGCGUCAGCACAAUGCCGAUUCACCUGCUUACCACGUGUAUCAUCUUCGCAUGGAUUGGUGGCAUAAGCUGAGAAGAACUUGGGGCCUGGUCCCUGCUCUGCUCAAACUUGGCAAAUCUGUUGGUGGUGGCUGUGGCAGAGGAAGCGGCGGAGAUGGAGGGUUGGUGAAGCUGAGAGAUGAAGUGGAAAUGUGUGGGUACAGAGACGUGGAGGUGAUGUGGAACAUGUUAAGCAUAAAGCAGACGGAGAAGACAGAAGGAAGAGGAAGGGUGAGACUGAAGGUGAAGGUGCCGAAACUGAAGGGCAAAAAUGGCAAGCGUGGCAACAAGCAACGACCUGUCUGGAGGCUUUUCUUUUGGACCAGUCAUGUCCCAUAA